GAAGAGAAGAGGUUAGGAAGUCAGAAGCGCGGCAAAAAAAGUAAGGUAGGGAAACGACAGAUAGCGACAAAUAGAGGGAGAUCAAGGAACACGGGUAAAGCGGGAGAUAAGGCAGAUUUAAAAAAUACAUUGGAUAAAUACAGCUUGUCGGAAAAGGAGACACCAACCAGGGAAAAAGGAAUGGGGGUAAUGAUGGAAGAAAUGGAGAAAAUGGAAAGAGGAUUCGAGAAAAUGAUAAAGGAAAUAAAAAGUAUAUUCGAAAAGCAAGUGGAGGAAAUGAAGAGGGAAAUGAAAGAGGAAAGGGAAGGAAGGGAAAGAGAGAGAGAGAGAGAAAGAGCCAGAGAGAAAGAAGAGUGGAAAAGAGAAAAAAAGAUAUUGGGCAGAAUCAGAAGAAUCGAGAAGGAGAAGGACAGGGCAGAGAGAGAGAAAAGAAGAAGGAACAUAGUAAUCAAAGGAGUAGACUGGGACGAAGGAAGCAAUGAAGAGACAGUAAAGGAAUUCGUAAGAGAAAAAAGGAAAAUAGGGGCAGAAGUAGAAAGAACACAUAUGAUAAGGGUGGGGGGCAAAAACACAAUAAUAGUGGCGACGAUGAAAUCAAUGAAGGAAGAAAUAAGGAUAAUGAAGGAGAAAAGUAAAUUGGAAAAAGGGGUAUAUAUAGAUGACGAUCUGACAAGAAAAGAAAGGGAGGUACAGCAACAAGUAAGAAGGAUAGCCAGAGUAAGAAGAGAAAAGGGCGAAUAUGUAAGGAUAGGAUAUAAGAAACUAAAAAUAGAAAACAGAUGGUACAGAUGGAACGAAAAUGAAGAGAGGCUGGAGGAAGAAAGAAAGAGAGAGAGGAAAAAACGAAAAGAGGGGAAAGGGAGGACUACAAAGGGGAUGAAAAUGUGCUUCUGGAAUGUAGUAGGGUUAAUAAGUAAGGAUAAGGAGGUGUGGGAAUAUUUGAAGACAUUCGACUUGAUCGGACUCACGGAAACAUGGAUAGAGGAAGACAACUGGGAAAAACUAAAAUAUAGACUAUCCAAAGAAUUCGACUGGAAAUGCAGAGCAGCAAUGAGAGUAAGAAAAGAAGGAAGAGCAAAGGGGGGAAUAAUAACGGGUAUAAAUAAGGAACCGAGAGAAAUAGAAUACAAAGAAAUAAGUGAUAAUAUACUGGAAAAAGAAAUAGUAUACAAUAAUAAGACGUAUAGGGACAUGGAAAGAAAUGGAGGAAAGAGUAGACGGAAAAGAAGAGGAAGUGAUGAUCAUCGGCGGAGAAUGGAACGCAAGAACGGGAGAAGAGGGAGGGCCGAUAAACGAGGAUCUAGGGAAAGAAAAAAACAGGCGAUCAAAAGACAAGAAAAUGAACAUGAAAGGAAGAACUCUGCUAAAGUAUCUGGAAGAGGGAGACUGGAUGAUAAUCAAUGGAAGAGAUAAAGAAAGGGAGGAGUGGACAUAUAUUGGGGAGAGAGGAAACUCAGUAGUAGAUUAUGUGAUUGGCAAUCAGGAGGCGACAGAAGAAAUAAUCGACAUGAAAGUAGGAAAAAGAACAGAGUCGGGCCACAUGCCG